GGAUUGCAGUGGCGGCAUGAUGUUUUGAAACCGCAUUAAAUUACAUAAAAAUAAGUGAAGAUUGCAACAAAUAUCAAUGGCAUUGCGUUUAGUGGGUCUUAGCUUAAGACCACAUCUGCAGAGGCUGUCCAGGCAGUGUAUGCCAACUGUGGCGCAAAGCCGACUGUUGCACGUGCGUGUGACGGACCAAGACGCCGGCCUACAUGUCAAACGUGAAGCAAACAGAAAUACAAGAAAUCCAUUCUUAGAGCGCGCAGAACAUGAGGAAGCAGAUGGCCUGCAGAGAAAACGUGAGGGCAGAAGAGCUGAGGAAGCAGGACACAAACAGAAUGUGGUUAAUAAAUUUAAAAGUGCUCGGAACGAAGCAGUAACAGCACCUACAAUAAAAGCUAAAAAGGAACCUACGUUGGAUUUUGGUGAUCCCGAUAGCUUUGGCCAUGCUAAGAGCUGCGAGAACCAAGUGGAAGAUGCAGGCGAUGUGCAGGAAGAACAGUUUCUCAGCAGACCCACGCGUCACAUUAAGAAACUGCGCACGAAGGAGUACGCAAGUCUUAUUAAGGAACAUCUAAACGCACAGAGAAUAAACGAAGCCAUUGCUGUGCUGGAAGUGCGUAUGCUGCGCGAGGAACGUGUCAAACCAGAUAACUAUAUCUACAAUCUGUUAAUCAGCGGAUGCGCGAAGGCGGGCUAUACGCGCAAAGCCUUUACUCUCUACACGAAGAUGCGCCAACGUGGGCUUAAGAUAACUGGCGGCACUUACACCUCACUCUUCAAUGCGUGUGCAAAUGCGCCCACUCAUGUUGAUGGCCUGGGAAAGGCCAAGGUACUGCGAGAGCACAUGCUGGAGAAGGGAUAUGAGCCCAAUUUAAAGAACUACAAUGCCAUGAUCAAGGCUUAUGGUAGGUGUGGUGAUGUACAGACAGCAUACCAAUUGGCGGAUGAGAUGCUGGAGCGUGAGUUGCCACUCAAUGCUGACACUUUCAACUUUUUGCUGCAGGCAUGCGCCAGCGAUGAGCAGCAUGGAUUCCGACAUGCACUGUUAACGUGGCACAAAAUGCUGCAGCGUGGCAUAAGCCCGGACUACUAUAGCUUUCAUAGCAUGUUGCGCUGUGUGCGUGAUUGUAACUUUGGUGACCUGGCAGCCAUGGAGGAGGUGCUGCGACAGCUAGCGCCAGGUGUUACCAAGGGUAAACAACUAGAGCUGCCCGCAGAGCAAGCCAACCAAAGUCUUCAACUCCCAGCCACUGACUCCAAACAGUUGGAAUUGUCUACGUCGGCUACCAGUGAACUGGAGUUACCAAACCUACUGUUGCCCAGCCCGAAGCUGGGCAGUCUAGUGAGUCUAGCGGAGGUGCAUCGUCCACAUGAGCGUUUUCUGCUCCUGGGUGGACUCACAGGCUACCUAGAGUUAAUGAAGCGUCAUAACAUUACGCCAGAUAUACAAUGUUUUACAACCAUGCUGGAGGUGAUACCGCCCACAAAUGCUGCAGAGAAACAGCUGCUCAGCUUUGUUCGCCGCAUUGGCCUUAAGGCUGACAUUGACUUCUUCAAUAUACUAAUCAAGCAGCGUUCCAUGCGUUUCGACUAUGACAGCGCACGUGAAGUGCUGAGCAUGAUAAAAACCGCUGGACUGCAUCCAGAUAUUGUAACUUACGGCGUGCUAGCUUUGGGCUGUCGCAGUCAGGAGCAGGCGCGUGAGCUACUGCAGCAGAUGGAGGCAGAGGGCAUAAGAAUGAACAUGGCCAUUUUAGGCGCCAUGUUGCGACAAGGCUGCGCACAACGUUCUUUUGCCUAUAUCAACGAGAUAAUGCAGCUGAGCCUGGAGCAGGGCCUGAAACCCAACGAGUCCUUUUUGCGGCAUUUGCACAACUUUCACAGAGGCUGCGCCCGAGCCAUAGAUGCUAGGCAUCCUUCAACCAAAACAGACGCUUAUAAAAAGGGCCACCACAAGUUUUGUGAUAAGUAUCGUUUAUUCAAGGAGGAGCAUGGCCUGACUGGUCUGCAGGUAGAGGAUGCCGUGGCCAAGCUUAAACAGCGUCCCUAUGCUCAAUACCAGCAACAAUCGGUGGAUGGACUGGAGCCGAACAAACAUGAGCAAAUUAAACGCAAAACCAAAGUGCGUAAAUACAUAAAGAAAAUCAAAAUACACGAGCUGCAAGAUGAUCCGCCCAGAAGCAUAGUCUCGCCCACUAGGAGUAUAGAGUAAUAGUAGCUUUAGUUG